AUGAGGUACUCAGCUGUUCAAGAAAAUAGUUAUGGGGUAGGUUUGGGGCAAGAAUCUCUCUCCACUUAUGUGGAUGAAAGUAUGAUGGCUGCCACUGGGGAUGUUGAUCUAGGCACAGGCGAUACUGUCGAGGAAGGCUCAAUGAUAUCAAAUCUUCCUUUAUUAUUUGCCAAUGGAUAUCCCACAUCCUUGGAAAAGAUCACACUGCCAGAGCUGGAAAGAUUCAUAACGUUUAUGGUACAGUGUUCUUUGGGGCAUGACACAACUGAUGUGAUAAGUGAACCAAAAUGGUGGCCUAAGGAAGUGAAAUUUUCUAUACCUGUUGUGAGACCCAAAAAAAUUUAUGAUGAACAUGAAAAACUGUGUUAUACCGUUGAACCAAGACCACCAACACCCAUAGAUAUCGAAGGGGAACCAGAACUGACGCAAGACCAAUUUAUGGACUAUUUUCACAUGAGACCAAACAAUUCUAACACAAAUCAACCGAGCACUCAGAGUAGUGGCAAAAAGAACGCCUUGUCGGCGUUCUUAGACUCGGCGCAACUCCGUUCCUCAAAUCGCAUUCGCGGCUCCAUAAAUCUUACCCGAUGUCCCACGAUACCCUUUUCCUCCCCAGCUGGUCUAUCUCUCGGCAAAAAGUCGAAAAUGAUGACGGAAGCCAUCCAGCAGGAACGACUCGACAGAAUAGAAAGGUACCUACACGCACCAGCCUUGUCCACAUCGUUGAAGCCCAAGUGGCUCACUAAAACGUACGAACUCGAUCGAUGGUCUGUUACAUACAAACCAAACCGAGAUAAAACGUCACGAUCGAGCGAGUACGUUCACUUGUACAAUUUUGGAAACUACAGCGGCAAACCAAUGUUGGAUCUACCUUCGCAGUUGAAAUAUCUGUCCUGUAAGCCAAUCUACGUCGUUGUAGAACGACUUACUGAUGAGCAGCUUGAAGAGCUGAAACGCGAUCCUUCUAGGUAUAAGAGCCCAGAGCGCCAGGUGCCACAAUUUCGACCAAGAUCACCUUCGAUCGAGUCGGUGCUCUCUUUCGAGGCUGAACCGGGUGACGAGUCCAACCCUAUCGAAAUCAUCGACCUCGAAGACGACGAUCUGCCACCUUCACCACCAAUUCCACCACCAGUACCAUUAUCACUGCUGUCCCAACUAAGCAUCAGGGAGCCCAUUGUGAGCUUGACCACCGUACAUCAUAAGAGACCGCAGGCUGUAGUCGCUCCAAUCAGGCCAGUCAACCCUCCUGUAGUAACACGAACUCCUCUGAUGAAGCCGCAAACUCUAAAGCGCCCGAAUCCUUCACCUAUGGUGUUCGCAAAGUCAAGGAACGCAAGCAGGACGAUUACCGUGGUAGAUCUCGUUUCGUCUGACGAGGAACUGUCCGAGGACGAGGUGAGCGCGAGCCCGUAUGGGCCCACGGACGAUAAUUACGACCAUCUGGGAAAGAAGCAAACAACAAUCCAGGGUGUGCCCGAAAUGAACAUGUACAUAUCGCCCAACAGAUAUUGCGGCGGCGAGACUCGUUAUUACGUGGCUGAUUCAACGACGACUUGGCUUGCGAGCCAGCACAGAAACAGCUAUCUUAAUCAUUCGGCCUCGACCUACGACGACGAACCCUGAACGUUUGUGAUCUCAGGUAGACUGGUUUUCAUCAAACUUUUUAAAAGACGUCGAUCAGUGCUGAUGGGUUACUGCAGUGCAACGUCUAUUUUAUUCUAAAAUA